AUGGCACCCUCUCUUGAGCACUACGAAGAUGCUACCUCCGGUAUCCCCGUGAAGGUCCUCGGUACACAGAUUGAUGGCACAAAUGCUGCCGCCACGUUACAGCUGGAGGAGGCAGACAAGCAUGACCAGGUUCUCAGAGUGUUCCGCUGCCUGAUUGCGGACUUGUGCGAGCAAUUCAAGGGCGGUCACCCCGGUGGUGCUAUGGGAAUGGCAGCUAUUGGAGUGUCACUCUGGAAGUAUGCCAUGAAGUACUCACCAAGCAACCCCGAUUACUUCAACAGAGAUCGUUUUGUCCUUUCUAACGGCCACACAUGUCUCUUCCAAUACACAUUUAUGCACUUGGUCGGGUACAAAAACAUGACAAUUGAACAGCUGAAGUCGUAUCACUCAGACCGCACAGACUCGAUCUGCCCUGGACAUCCCGAGAUUGAGCACGAGGGUAUUGAAGUCACAACUGGUCCUCUUGGUCAAGGUGUGGCUAAUGCUGUCGGUAUGGCUAUGGCAACAAAGCACCUUGCGGCCACUUACAACAAGCCAAACUAUGAGCUAGUCAACAAUAUGACUUUCUGCAUGAUCGGAGACGCCUGUCUGCAAGAAGGCGUUGCCCUUGAAGCCGUUUCGCUGGCUGGUCAUUGGAAGCUGAACAAUCUCGCUCUUGUUUACGACAACAAUCAGAUCACUUGCGACGGCUCUGUCGAUAUCACAUGUAACGAUGACAUCAACGAGAAGAUGAGGGCUUGCGGCUGGAACGUCAUUGAUGUUAUGGACGGUACUACCAACAUCCAGGGUGUUGUGCAAGCACUGGUGGCCGCACGUGCGAGCGAUAAGCCUACCUUCAUCAACAUCCGCACAAUCAUUGGUAUUGGUAGUGCAUCAGCUGGUGAUGCAAAGGCACAUGGAGCUGCUUUUGGAGCCGAGGACGUCGCCAACAUCAAGCGUACUUUCGGCAUGAACCCCGAAGAGCACUUUGUCGUCCCAGAUGCAGUAUACGAUUUCUUCCGUGAGGCAAAGUCAAGAGGCGAGGAGUACGAGAAAGAGUGGACCACCCUUGUUGAUGGCUACUCCAAGGAGUAUCCCGAACUGGCCGAGGAGUUCAAGCUGCGUGUCGCUGGCAAGAUGCCCAAGGACUGGACUAAGAUAAUUCCCGAGAAGGGCAGCUUCCCCACUACACCCACUGCCUCGAGAAAGUCUUCUGGUUUCAUUUGUAACCCUCUCGCGCAAAAUCUGAAUAACUUCAUGGUGGGCACAGCAGACUUGACUCCUUCAGUCAACAUGACCUGGAAGGGCAAGGUCGACUUCCAGAACCCUGAGUUGAAAACUGCAUGUGGUAUCAACGGCAAUUACUCUGGCCGCUAUAUUCACUGGGGUAUUCGCGAGCACGCCAUGGCUUCAAUCUCAAACGGUAUGGCUGCGUUCAACAAGGGUACAAUCCUCCCCGUCACCUCAUCAUUCUUCAUGUUUUACAUUUAUGCCGCUCCUGGCAUUCGUAUGGGUGCCCUCCAAGGUCUGCAACAAAUUCACAUCGCCACUCACGACUCCAUCGGCACUGGUGAAGACGGACCCACUCAUCAACCUAUCGCUCUUGCAUCAUUAUACCGCAGCAUGCCCAAUCUCCUUUACAUCCGCCCCUGUGACUCGGAAGAAACAGCCGGCGCCUACAUCGCCGCAAUCAAGGCAACCUCAACACCCUCAAUCAUCUCCCUUUCCCGCCAAAAUCUACCACAAUACCCCGAGAACAGCAGCCGAGAAGGCGUACAGAAGGGCGCUUAUGUGCUCAUGGAGCAAGAAGACGCCGACGUGACCCUCAUCGGUAUCGGCGCCGAGAUGUUCUGCGCAGUCGAGACCAAGAAGCUACUUGAAGCCGAACACGGUAUCAAAGCCCGUGUUGUUUCUUUCCCUUGCCAGCGUCUGUUUGAGCAGCAGAGUAAGGAGUACAAGCAGUCUGUUCUCAGGUACCGUAGCAAUGCUCCUCGUGUCGUUAUUGAGGCAUACGCCAUCAACGGCUGGGAGCGCUACGCCGAUGCCGGAUACUCAAUGGCUACAUUCGGCAAGUCGUUGCCUGGAGCAAAGGCGUAUGAGCACUUUGGCUUCGAUGCAAAGGCUAUCGCACCGAAGGUCAAGGCAUUGGUUGAGGAGGUCAAGAAGGAGGGCAUCGACUCAUUGCGAGGAGACUUUAGGGACUUGAACGGUACCAUGGGAUAUGGUUUUGAGCAUUAA